CUGUAUUUAUCUAGCAUAUCUAACAGAGAUCUUCGCCACAUAGGAAGCAGUUAUCUAUAGCAGAGAAAUCCUUUCGUGAGUCGAGAUCUAGAUCUACAUUCUAAAAUGAGACCCUUGGUGUUCGUCGCGUUGCUAGGGUUUGCUUUUGCAGACCCUACUGUUUACUUCAAAGAAGAAUUUGACGAUGGCUGGCAAGACAGAUGGGUGGAGUCAAAGCACAAAUCAGAUUUGGGGAAGUUCAAAAGGUCAGCUGGAAAGUUCUAUGGUGAUGUUGAAAAAGAUGCAGGUCUUCAGACAUCAGAAGAUGCAAGAUUCUAUGGUAUAUCUGCUAGAUUUGACAAGUUUAGUAAUGAAGGAAAAACUCUAGUCAUUCAAUUCACUGUGAAGCAUGAGCAGAACAUUGAUUGUGGUGGUGGCUAUGUAAAAUUGUUCCCUAGUUCCUUAGAUCAAAAAGACAUGCAUGGAGAGACACCUUAUAAUAUUAUGUUUGGUCCUGAUAUCUGUGGACCUGGCACUAAGAAAGUUCAUGUCAUCUUCAACUACAAAGGAAAGAAUCUUCUUGUGAAGAAAGAUAUCAGAUGCAAGGAUGAUGUAUUCACUCACUUGUACACUUUAAUUGUGAAGCCAGAUAAUACUUACGAGGUUAAGAUAGAUAAUGAAAAGGUUGAAAGUGGUGAACUAGAGGCUGAUUGGGAUUUCUUGCCACCCAAGAAGAUACCUGAUCCAGAUGCUAAGAAGCCAGAAGAUUGGGAUGAUAAUGAAAAGAUUGAUGACCCCAAUGACACUAAACCUGAAGAUUGGGACAAGCCUGAGCACAUCCCUGACCCUGAAGCCAAGAAACCAGAAGACUGGGAUGAUGAUAUGGAUGGAGAAUGGGAGCCUGCAAUGAUUGACAACCCUGAAUACAAAGGUGAAUGGAAACCUAAACAGAUUGACAACCCUGCCUAUAAAGGAAAGUGGGUCCAUCCUGAAAUAGAUAAUCCUGAAUACAAGGAAGAUCCAAACCUCUACAGCUAUGAAGAUUUUGGAGCUAUUGGCUUGGACUUGUGGCAGGUGAAAUCUGGUACUAUUUUUGAUAACUUCCUGAUUACUGAUGAUGUUGCCUUUGCUGAGCAAUUUGGAAAAGACACUUGGGGAAAGACAAAAGAUGCUGAAAAGGAAAUGAAAGAUAAACAAGACGAAGAAGAAAGGAAACAGAGAGAAGAGGAGGACAAAAAGAGAAAGGAUGAAGAGGACGCUAACAAAAAGGAUGAUGAAGACGAAGAAGCUGAAGAAGAAGAUGAUGAGGCUGAUGAAGCUGAAAGUGACACAAAAGUACCACCCAAAACAGAGUUGUAGGCAGCAUUUAUGAUAGGUUGUUUUAUCAUUUUCAUUUGUUCAGUUGUAGUAUCAUAAUGUUCACAUUUGUUAUGACCAUCUAGUGUGCUGUUUUAAUGCGCAUGAGUGCUUAUUUAACAAUGUUGGAUCAAAAAAAGUUGUGUGAAAAAGUGGACCUCUCAUUUCAUAAUAAGCAGUGCUGCAAUUGGUGUACAAUAGAAACAUGCUUUGGUUAUAUUUUACAUAUUUAUUUUGUAUUGUUAAAACAAAUGCACUGCCAGUUAUGGUCCAAAUAUCUGCUGUAUUCCAUUUUUUUACAUGCUGUUAGUCCUAUAUUUAAUGUAUGAAGUUGGCAGAACUGAGUGAGUGUGUACUUUUACUGAAAUGGAGAUGCUGUGAUUUUGUUCAAUUUUUUUGAAACUGUUACCUAUUAGUGAUGCUAGAGUGAAUGAUGGGUGACAUGUUUGUACAGUGGUAAAUGUUGAUAGUGAAUGUGGGGGCCUGAGAGAUUACCAGAUAAAUUUAUUUGGUAUUAAAUUUAUUUCUUCAAA